AUGGUCUUCACGAGACUUAUCUCAGCCGUCUCGGCACUCGCUUUGCUCGGCGUCUCGUCCACCGUUCUCGCCCAAGAUACUGCCCAUAACGAAGCGUAUGACUACAUCGUUAUCGGCAGCGGUCCCGGCGGCGGUCCGCUAGCCGGCAACCUCGCGCGAGCGGGCUACUUGACCCUAUUGCUAGAGGCUGGCGACGACGAGAGCCAUGAUAUCCGCACUGCACUCGCGAACGGAGACUACGCCCUCACGGACUCCAACAGCUGGGGUUUCUGGGUGAAGCACCAUUCGGACCCCGAGAUCGAGCUGCGGAAUAAUCAUCUCACGUGGAGACUACCCAACGGGACCUAUUGGGUCGGCAACGGUGCGCGUGCGCCUCCGGAGGUGGAGUUGUUGGGCGUGUAUUACCCGCGCGGCGCAACGAUCGGGGGAUCCGCGAUUGUGAACGCGAUGGCGACGCUGUUGCCAAGCGAUAGCGAUUGGGAUUAUGUGGCUAGCAUCACUGGAGAUGAGUCGUGGAGUCACGAAAGAAUGCGCCGUGUGUUUGAGACGGUGGAGAAGAACAACUACCUUCCCGAGAACACUCCUGGCCAUGGCUUUGACGGUAUCCUGGAGACCAAUCUGGGGAACGGCUCGCAGUACCUCGACAUACCGGGCCUCUUGGACGUGUACGGAUCGCAGGUCAAAUCGCUUGGCCUAGAUCCGGGAAACGUGAUGGAGAUGCUCGGCAGCGACCCAAACUUUCUCAGUGAGGAACGCGACACGACAGUAGGGCUCUGGGGACUGCCAUUCCACGCAAGCGCCAAGUGGGAACGAUCCAGUCCGCGGGACUACAUUUUUGAGACGCUCGCCGUCAAGAAUGAGGACGGAUCAAACAAGUAUCCCCUCACAUUGUCGAAAACCUCUUUGGCGACAAAGGUCUUGUUCGACAAACAACAAGGGAACAAGCCCAAGGCCAUCGGAGUGGAGUAUCUGAAGGGCGCCUCGACUUAUGGUGCGGAUCCGAGACGCAAUGCUUCGACACCAGGCGAACUCAGGCAGGCCUUUGCAUCUCGGGAAGUCAUCGUUUCGGGUGGCACAUUCAACUCCCCGCAGUUGCUGCAGUUGAGUGGCAUUGGUGACACAAAAGACCUCGAGGCACUGGGCAUCGAGGUCAUUGCAGACCUGCCUGGCGUGGGCCGCAAUCUGCAAGACAACCAAGAAUACCCUGUCGUCGGGUAUGCGCAGCGUAACUUCACAUUGAUCCCCCAUCCGAAUGACCCAAUCUGCGCGAAGGGUGAGCCUAAUGAUGCCUGCUACGAGCUUUGGAAGCAAGGCUUGGGUCCGUACAUGCGGCCUGGGUACAACACCAACGCUCUGCUGAUGCGGUCCAACUUUUCACUGGACGGAGAGCGUGACAUCUUCAUUUUCAGCGUCCCCGGCGCGUUCCGAGGCUUCUGGCCUAUGGUGCAGCAGGCAGAGCUCGUGCCGCGUCCCAACACGGCCGGGUUCUCGACAGUGAAGAUGCAUCCGCAGAAUACCGCGGGGUACGUGAAGCUCCGAUCGGCGGAUCCAACGGAGCAGCCGGAGAUCAACUUCCAGCUGUACGAAGAAGGAGCCGAGACAGACCUCGGAGCGCUGUCAGAGAUCGCGGCGUGGGGCCGUCGGGUCAUGGGAGACGUCGAGGAGCCUUGGGGUCCGGUGGAGCCGGCAGAACCACCGUGCUCGGAGAUCGGGAGCGACGGGCGGUGCCAGGACGGAGACGGAAGGUCGGAUCAGGACUGGAUCCGGGAGCAGACGUUUGGCCAUCAUCCGUCGGGGACAUGCGCAAUCGGGCCAAAGGAGGACGGCAUGGCGGUGCUGGAUUCCCGGUUCCGAGUGCACGGGGUAGAAGGGCUGAGGGUGGUAGACGCGAGCGCAUUUCCACGUGCUCCGGGGGCGUUUCCCGUGAUUGCGACGUUCAUGGUCAGCCAGAAGGCGUCGGAGGUGAUAUUGGAGGAUGCCGAGGCGUUGAAAUAA